AUGUCUACCCUUGGCAGAUCUCUUUCGUCCCGUCUCGUUCCAAAAUCGACGUCCGCGUCGCAGCAGGCAAAUGGCUCGGCCUCUUCAGAGUUUGCGCCAGCUCCCUCUCACACCGGCGAGACCAAAGUAAUUGCGCAGAUAAAAGACUAUAUGAAGCGCAGUGUCGAGGACAUUAGUGAAUCCACUGUUGCUGCUAUCCUAAAUGCGGCUGAGCACUCGAGCGCUAUCGACGAUCGCAAAUUACUGCUUGAGCACAUUCUCAGUUUCAUGGCAUUCCAUCCUCCUGGUAAAAUUCAUGACUUGAUCCAGACCUUCGUCAUCAAGUUUUUGUACGACGACCUUCCACAUCCUCCUGCAACCUAUCUCGGUGACAAACUUGCCUUCCGUACUGCUGAUGGAUCAUAUAACAACCCAGACGUUCCUGAUCUGGGGAAAGCUGGAACUCCCUACUCGCGCAGUGUUCAACAGGCUAACCCACAACCUCGCAACCAGAUGCCGGACGCUGGUCUUGUGUUUGACACACUCCUCAAACGCAAAGAGUUCGUAAAACACCCGGCAGGCCUGUCAAGCAUGAUGUUCUCCUUUGCAGCUCUUGUCAUACACAGCGUGUUCCGUACCGACCAUAAGAACCCCAGCAUCAAUUUGACCUCUUCGUACGUUGACCUCGCGCCUUUGUAUGGCAACGACCAAGAAACGCAGGACAAACUGCGUCUUCGAGAUGGACGUGGAUUACUCUAUCCUGAUGUGUUUGCCGAAGACCGUUUGUUGCUUCUUCCCCCCGCAGUCCGAAAUCACAAUUACAUUGCAAAGCGCCUGCUCGAGAUCAACGAACGUGGCAAAUGGUUCGACCCCUCAACUCUCACUGAAGCGAAGCGUGUAAAACAGGAAGAAGAAAUCUUCCAGAUUUCACGACUGAUUAACUGUGCUUGGUUCGCCUCUGUAGUGUUUUCCGAUUACUUCAGCGCUAUCUUGGGACUCGUUCGUUAUGGAAACAGCUGGAGCUUGUCGCCCUUUGGAGAAAUCCGGAACAACGAUCAUUCUCUAUUCGAGCGAGGGCGUGGAAACGCCUGCAGUGUUGAGUUCAAUUGCUUAUACCGGUGGCAUGCUACGACAUCCGUGCAGGAUGAGAAGUGGAUCCAGGCGCAAUUUGAGAAAGUCUUCCCUGGGAAGAAGCCUGAAGAUAUCACGGUCAAGGAUUUCUAUUCCACUGAAGCGGUACUCGAAGCGUCUGAGCCCGACAUUCAACACUGGACAUUUGAUGAUCUGAAACGUCAGGAAGAUGGAUCGUUUAAAGACUCGGACCUUGCGAAAAUUUUACAUGAUGCGACCGAGCAUCCUGCUGCCGCUUUUGGUGCACGGAGCACUCCUCAUGUCAUGCGUCUGCACGAGGUUAUGGGUAUCGAGGCUAACCGUUCAUGGGGUGUCUGCUCCUUGAAUGACUUCAGAAAGUUCUUAGGCUUGAAGACAUACGAGAGUUUCCUGGAAUGGAACCCCGACAAAGAGAUCGCCGAUGCCGCUGAAAAAUUGUACGGCCAUAUUGACAACUUGGAACUAUACGUUGGCCUGCAGGCUGAACAAACCAAGCCUGUCGUCGAAGGUGCUGGGCUUUGCCCCGGAUACACCAUUUCACGUGCCAUUUUGAGUGAUGCCAUUGCUCUGACCCGUGGUGACCGCUUCUACACGCAAGACUACACGCCUUUCAACAUGACUGCUUGGGGCUUCGCUGAUUGCCAACGUGACCCCAACGGGUUUGGCUUCGGCUCGACUCUUGGUCGUCUCAUCUUGCGCACUCUGCCCAAUGACUUCACGAAGAACAGUGUGUACACUUGGUUCCCACUGAUGACUCCAGAUGCGAUGGAGCCACAUUUGAAAAAAUUGAAGUUGCUUGAUCAGUACGAUCUCAAGAGGCCCGGCGUUACCCCGGGCACUAGCGCUGUCGAAGGAUAUGUGGAAGUUGGAGAAAUAUUGAAGGAUACCAGCAAAUUCGGCACAGAGUAUGCAGCCCGAGCAAAGGAGGUUAUCAAAGGCAAAGGAUUCUACACUGCUUCUGAGAAUGGUGAAGAAGAGAAGAAGGAAUUCCUCGGCGCGCUUGCCCCAUCAACGGAGGCUGCCGACGCCAUUGGUAAAUACUUCUUCAAAAAGACGACCGAGCUUAUCAAGGUGAAAUCGUUCUCACUCGUUGGCGAGAAUGUCCGCGGUGUCAAUGUCGUGCGCGAUGUACUUAAGUACGUCCCCAUUUACUGGGCAGCGACAGAGGUGGCUGGUAUUCGCAUUAAAUCGAAAGAGAGCCCCCACGGUGCCUUUGGCGAGCAAGAGCUUUAUGAUAUGCUUGGUGAAAUUUAUACAUACGUUUUCCUGGACGUCGAACAAUCCAAGUAUAUGGUACUCCAAGAAGCUGCUAAAGGCCAUGUUGAGAAGCUCCUUCACCACAUCAAGGGUGCUCUUGGUGGCCCUGUGAGUAACAGGAUUUCCAUUGCUGGACUUGUAGGAACUAUCUCGGGCAUGUUUGGUAGCAAGUCGAAGAAGGAUGGCAGAGUUGAUUUCCUGAAGCGCCUUUUCGAACUUGGCCAUUCAACAGACCAGUUGGCCAAUUCAAUUCUCGCUGUCAUGGUUCACAGUGUUGAGAUAUCAUUGGGACUAACAAACAUCGUCAACAUCCUUUUGGAUGCGGACCAGACUGCAUCAUUCCGCUCUCAGGCCGAAGAUGCCGAUGCGAAAGAAUUUGCUGGACUUGAGGCUUAUGUGUUGGAGGCACUGAGACUGGACCCUCCUUUCCGGGGUGUCUACCGCGUUGCCAAAGAAAACACGACUGUUGGGUCAUUAACUGUCACCAAGGGCGAGCGUCUCUUCUUGAACAUCGCCGAUGCCAACUUGAAUGACGAUGUUUUCCCCAACCCGACAACUUUCGAUGCCUCCCGCAGUCCGAAGGAGAAGUACUUACGAGGCGAUGGUGCUUUCAAAUGUCUUGGCCGUGAAAUUCUUUCCCGAGCUAUUGUACAGGUUCUUCUCGGGAUCUUGUCGUUUGACAACGUCCGUCGUGGGCCCGGUCAGUCGGGCAAACUCACGAGAUUCAAAGAUGCUGCCUUCCCUGAUCUGCAAUUCGCUUACCUUAAUGACCAGCAAUUUGCUACUGCAUGGCCUUCGUCUUUGAUCAUCCAGUACGAUGUUCCCGGAGCAUCAUCUUAAGCGAGCAAUGUCACUUCUUGUCAUGUUGGUAUUCGGUCGUUCAAAAAUAGCCUGCACUGUUAAACUUCACUAUACUUUAGCAUUAUUUGUUCAUACAUUACCAUUUAGUACUCGUAAGAUACCACAUUGUCCCAGCAAUACGAUUGCUCUGUCUGGAAA